AUGCUGCUCACUUCGCUAAUUGCCCUCGCCGCGUUCUUGGAGCCUUCUUGUUCAUGCGACGACCAUGAUUGGACAUCUCCGGUCCUGGGAGGCUAUGUCGACCACGACUUGAUGAAAAGACAUGACCUGGCCAAACGGAUCCAGCCAGCCGCUCUUCCUACCCCGCCGCAACAGAUCAAGGACUUGCACUGGGGUCAGGUCAAUUUCCUUCACACCACGGAUACCCACGGCUGGCUCGCGGGCCACCUGCUGGAUGACAAUUACAGUGCCGACUAUGGCGAUUUUGCCGACUUUGUGCAGAAGAUGAAGGCCAAGGCGGAUGUGCUGGGCGUCGACCUACUCCUCAUCGACUCGGGGGACUUACAUGACGGUACUGGGUUCGGAGAUGCGACGAAGCCCAACGGGAAGCUCACCCUGCCCAUAUUCAAAAAACUACCGUACGAUUUGCUGUCAAUUGGCAACCAUGAACUCUACACGACAGAAAUCGCCAAUGACACAUAUCACAACUUUGCUCCAAACUGGGCCGGCCGCUACAUCACCUCGAAUGUCGAGUUCAAUCUCACUGGCAGCCCCACGCCCUUCUCCGAUCGCUAUGCGUAUUGGAAGACGAAGAUGGGCGUCCGCAUCAUGUCCUUUGCCUUUCUUUUCAAUUUCACCGGUAAUAGUAAUGCAACCAUUGUGACCCCGGUUGGUGAUGCUGUCAAACAAUCUUGGUUCCAGGAACAGGUCAAGAGGACCGACAUCGACAUGUUUCUGGUCGCGGGACAUAUCACUCUUCGGAACUCUCCAGAAUGGGGGCUGAUCUACGCGGCCAUUCGCCAACAUCAUCCUACCAUUCCCAUCCAGAUCUUUGGGGGUCAUCGACAUGUGCGUGACGCCGUGGUCUUUGAUGCGUCGGCCGUGGGUGUUGCUUCGGGGAGAUAUUGCGAGACAGUGGGUUGGGUUUCGGUCAACGGUCUGCCUAGCGCUGUCACCAAAGCUAAGUCGCCCAUGGGAAAUGCCACCAAAAUCACCCAGAAACCCUCGGACGUGCCUGGGGUCAAGGCCAAUCCCAACUCCACCUUGUCCUACUCGAGACAAUAUCUUGACUUUAACCGUUACAGUUUUGAAUUCCACACCAACACCAACGAGCAGACAUUCAAUUCCAGCCUGGGUGUGACGAUCAGCAAGAACAUCACCGCGGCGGUGAACAGUCUGCCAGUGUUGACCAACAAACUCGGCUGCUGCCCGGAUAACUACUAUCUCGACCGGUUCCCCAUCAGCUCGAAUCAAAGUCUAUUCAACUACCUCACGAAUGUUGUCUUUCCUGCGGUCGUGGUGGCUCCUAACCGUACCGAUCAGCCGCGUAUCAUCCUCACCAACACUGGUGGUUUCCGCUACGACUUGCUGAAGGGACCAUUUACCAUCGACAAUGCCUAUCAGACGAAUCCGUAUCAAAACUUUUGGCUGCGCAUGACUGCCCCUUGGUCCUCGGCAAAGAACUUGCUCUCGAAUAUGCAGACCGACAAAGUCUUCAAACGCGCCCCGCUGCCUGUCAAUGCCACCACCUUGAUUAAGACACCAGGCUAUGUCACCAAGGACGACUUUGGCAACGACGGGGACAAUAUCGUGCACAUCAACCAGGGCUUCUCUUCUUCUCCACAUUAUGUGCAAGCCAAUGUCAGUGUUGGAGCCAACACCUCGGAUUCGACGCUGGUCGAUGUCUACGUCACGAGUUUCUUUUCGGCGGCGGCGGGGAAGUACUUGAGCGGCAACACCAGUGACUGGGUCAGUGCAGAUGGAAACUUUUCGAGCUUUGACACGUUGCCCCGAAUGGCACAGCUACAUUGGAGUCAGGAUUGUUGA